AUGAGGCCUCGCAGGCCGGUAAUGUACAAUGACGGGAACAUCUGCCUUGACAUCUUGCAGUCUCAGUGGAGUCCGAUAUAUGAUAUUUCUGCCAUUCUCACCUCUAUACAGUCUCUGCUAAGCGACCCAAACCCAAGCAGCCCGGCAAAUCAGGAGGCUGCUCGUUUGUACGCGGAAAAUCGGCGGGAGUACAACCGCCGAGUGCAGCUAUGUGCCACCGAAUCUUUGAAGACUGUAGGGGCACCUGAGGCCGAGGCCCCUGGCGCCGCUGCUAGCGCCUCAGCAGGUCCCCCUUCUGGAGACCCCACCAGCACCACACCUGCUCAAGAGUCCACCCCCGAGGGGAUCGCGACACGGGACAGAGACGCCCCAGUAGCAGUGCAGCGAGAGCAGCAAAUCGAUGGCGGGUCGGAGCAACAACAUUUGGGAGAGGGGCGACAAGGGCCCCCUGGAGCCCCGUAG